GAGAUUCCAAUAGGAACCCACCAACAACCCUUCGGGUUUGUUCCGUUUCUUUAUCGUAAAAGAAAAUUCUUCGUUGCUCCUCGAACUGAUAGCCCAUCACCUGUAAGUAAGAAACAGUGCACUGCCCCUCCAUCGUCUCCCCAUUCUGACACCCUCCAUAACAAUGCGUAUGGCAUUCCCAAAAACCCCCAGAGACGGCACCAUGGUUAAGACAGUUCCACUCUUAGUUGCUUUGGUUCUCAGUGCCAGCUGGGCCUGCAAUGCCAGAGAAUUACUGACUAAUGGUCUAUCUAGUGGAGAAAGCAUGACAUCUGAUGUUUCAGUUUUGCAGAUACAUUGCAAGGAGUCUGAAGUUGGAGCAAAAGAUUCCAAAGUUAGCAGAAAUAAAAAUUUGUGCACAUUGUGUGAAGAGUUUGCUACACAGGCAGUUGAUUACCUUGAGGAAAACAAUACUCAGACACAGAUCAUUGACAUACUUCACAAGGCCUGCUCUCAGUUACACCAUUUUGAGCGACAUUGCAUUGCGUUGGUGGACUAUUAUAUUCCCCUUUUCUUCCAAGAGGUUGAAUCAGUCAAACCUGAAGAUUUCUGCCAAAAAGUUAAUCUUUGUAAACAAAAGUUAGUCACUUCCUGGCCACUGUCUGGGGAUAAGUGUGACAUUUGUCGUGAUGCUAUUGCUGAAGUUCUGUUAAAGUUGAAAGAUCCUGAUACAAAGUUAGACAUACUUGAGGUUCUUCUAAAAGCAUGUGAUGCUGUGGAAAGCCAUAUGAAAAAGGUAAGAACAUGACAAGAACUUUGCGGCUUGUUAUUGUUAUGGAAAAUGUUUUCUGGUUCUGGAACCCUAUAAACUCAAUGGACUACUUAAGAUGGAUUAGUU